AACCAAUUAAUGGAUUAAUUAACGACCUAAUGAGCCGAGGCCAUGCGAAUCACGCCCUGCCAGGCCGCCCUGGCCGCCGCCAUCGCUCUCAACCUUCUGCUGCUGCUCUGCUCCCGCCUGGUCCCCCCCGGUGCCACCACCCAGUGCCACCACCCGGCUCGGGGCGUCCCCGGCGGCGUCCCCGGUGUCACCGUCAUCCUCCGUGACUUCGACGGCCCCGCCCACGACGUGGCCGCCACCGCUCGUUCUUUCUCCUCCUUGCCCGGCGUCUCCGUCCUGGUGGCCACCGAGGUGUCGCCGUACCCUCCGGUGGCCCUGCCCGCCGGUGUCACCGUGCUGUCCCUUCGGCCUCAGCCUCACCGGCCGCCUCCCCGGCCGGAGCUGGCCGUGCGCACUCGCCACGUGGCUUUGGUGCCCGACGGUGCCCGAGCCGUUCCGGGGCUACUGAGGCGAAUGAGGGACGCGCUGGAGGCCACCAGGCCCGGUGGCACCAAAAUGGUGGCGGCCACCGUGGGGAGGCGGCGCCCGAGCUGUUGGAGUUUGGAGGUUGACAUCAAAGCGUGGACGGUUCGCUACGGCCACGCCGAGCAGGGGAGUGACCACCAGAGUGACCAGGGGAGUGACCAGCGGGGUGGCCACCAGAGUGAGCAGUGGGGUGGCCACCAGAGUGAGCAGCGGGGUGGCCACCAGAGUGAGCAGCGGGGUGGCCACCGGAAUGAGCAGUGGGGUGGCCAGAGGUGCGGAGCUCUGGACGGAGCCCCGGCCGUGCUGCUGCUGCGGACUCGCGAUCUUUUCUCUCUUCCCUUCCCUCUGAGUCGCCCCGUGCUCGCCUCGCUGGCCCUGCAGGCCGCCCUGCGGGGCUGGCGCCUCCUCCUGCUGCCGGACUCCUUCCCUUUGUCGCCGGGGCCGCCUCGCUCUCCCCACGAGCAGUGGAAAGCUCAGAAUUCCCGGGACGGGCAGCACCGGGCGCUGCUGGAGCAGUUGGGCAUCAAACUGGAGGUGCUGCCCGACGGGCGCCAGCGCUGGCACGGCUGCUCCAAGGACACCCCGCGCUGUUUCGGCACCGUGCACGCCCAGACCCCCCAGUACCUGCUGGAGGGGCGCUGGACCCCCCCGUGCUGCCUGCGGGCCCUACGAGCCACGGCCCGGCACGUGCUGGCCCAGCUGGAGGCGGCCGGGGUGCGGCACUGGCUGGAGGGGGGGUCCCUGCUGGGCGCCGCCCGCCUCGGCGACAUCAUCCCCUGGGACUACGACGUGGACGUGGGGCUGUACGAGCAGGACAUCCCCAAGUGCCGCUGGCUGGCGGCCGUGGUGGCCACCGGGCGGCCGGUGGAAGACCCGGAAGGGUUUUUUUGGGAGAAAGCGAGCGAAGGGGAAUUUUUCCGCGUCCAUUUCAGCCGUUCCAACCGGCUGCACGUGGAUCUGUGGCCGUUCCGCUCCCGGCGCGGCGGGCUCAUGACCAAGGACACGUGGCUGGGCCACCGGCAGGACGUGGAGUUCCCCGAGAGUUUCCUGGUGCCCCUGGGCUCCGUGGCCUUCGCCGGCGCCGUGGCCAAAGCCCCCAACGACCCCCGGGCCUUCCUGGAGUUCAAAUUCGGCCCCGGGGUCAUCGAGAGCCCCGAGUACCCAAACCCCGAGGUCAGGAGGUUGGCACAGGACGUGGGCAAUAAAACCGCUUGGUGACA